UUCCAAAAGGGUAUGCGGGCAGGUCUUGACAUCUUCAGGAUUUCUCAAUUCAUCCCACUCUCUUUUUCUUGUCACAUAUUGACUUACUUUCGGCUCUGCAAUGGGGUUGAAAGACUUCACAAGUAUCGGUUAUUGCACUGCUGCGACAACAGCUGCAAUCUUAACAGCUGCAAUCAGCCCUCGUUCCCAUAUUGGGUACACCCCAGUGCUUGCUGA